AUGGCAUCUGCUACACAAUUGGUAUGCUUGUUCUAUUCGUUGAUAUGCUUGAGCAUAGCAUUGGCUUGCUCAAAUGACCACUUAGCCAAUGUUCCAAGAACACUGCUCUCCGAUAAUGACAAAGGAGCUGUAUGCUUGGAUGGCAGCCCUCCUGCAUACUAUCUUGAUAAAGGAGAAGGCAAAGGGAGCAAUAAUUGCUGGAACAGAGUCUAUAUUCACUAUUGUGAUGAAUCCUCUUUUACAGGAGGUGUUGAAUCUGUGACUAAUAAUGUAACUUACCGUGGAGCACGGAUAUUCAACGCAAUAGUGGAUGAUUUGCGUCAAAGGGGAAUGAAUAAUGCCCAAAAUGCAAUUCUUGCUGGAAGCUCUGCCGGAGGCUUAGCUGCAAUUCUACAUUGUGAUCGUUUUCGAUCUUUUUUACCUGAGGCAGCCAGGGUGAAGAGUCUUGCUGACUCCGCCAUUUUUAUACACGAUGUGUAA